CCACCCUCUCAAUCUCAUCCUCCCCACCCCACCCAACCCGCCCGUCGCCGUCGUCGUCGUCUUCUCCACCGUGGUUCAAAAAUCCCUCCCCUCGCGCCCAAAUUCCCAAACCCUAGCCGGGCCCGGUCCGCCGCCGGCGUGGGGCUGCCUCGCUCCGCCGGAUCCGUCCAGCGGAACAUGCGGGAUCCCGGACCAUGGCGACCGGACCCGAUCUGAGCUCACCCGCCGCCGCCGCCGAAGCGCCGCCUUCGUCGUCGUCGGCGUCGGCCAAGAAGGACCGCCACAUCGUGAGUUGGAGCGCCGAGGAGGAUGAUGUGCUUCGUACUCAAAUUGCUCUUCAUGGAACUGAUAAUUGGACAAUUAUAGCGGCACAAUACAAGGACAAGACGGCCAGACAAUGCAGGAGAAGAUGGUACAAUUAUUUGAACUCAGAGUGCAAGAAAGGAGGGUGGUCCCAUGAAGAGGACUUGCUAUUGUGUGAGGCUCAAAAGGUUCUUGGGAACAAAUGGACUGAAAUAGCAAAGGUUGUCUCAGGCAGAACCGAUAAUGCAGUGAAGAAUCGGUUUUCCACUCUAUGCAAAAGACGGGCUAAGGAUGAUGACCUAUUCAAGGAAAAUGGACAAUCAUGUUCCAGUGCAAAUGCAAAGAGGGUAUUGGCACAAACUGAGUGCCACACGUCUGGUGCAGCCGCACCACCUAUUAAGCAGAUGAGGGCAUGUAAUUCAGAUUUCAAGGAGAAUAUUGUACCGAAUAUGAGAUUACUUGGACAGGACAAGAGCACACAACAAGAUUCUCGACAGCCUCUUGCAACUGUUUGUCAAAAUAAACAUGGUGAUGUGAAUAUGAUGGAUACCCAAAAUCUUGUUGCUAAAACUGCAGCAAAACAAUUAUUUGGCGGGGAACAGAACUGUGUUAAGCGUGAGGGUAAUUUUUUGAACAAGGACGAUCCAAAAAUUGCUACUUUAUUGCAGCAAGCCGACUUGCUUUGCUCCCUAGCAACAAAAAUAAAUACUGAAAACACAAGCCAAAGUAUGGACGAAGCUUGGCAGCAACUACAGCAUCAUUUGGAUAAGAAAGAUGAUAAUGACAUGUCAGAGAGCAGUAUGUCCGGAAUGGCUUCGCUGCUAGAGGAUCUUGAUGAUUUAAUUGUAGACCCCUAUGAGAAUGAAGAGGAAGAUGAUCAGAAGUUAAGGGAGCAGACCGAACAGAUUGAUGUGCAGAAUGAGCAAAAUCCAUCACAAACUAGCAUGGAAGUUACAUCAGAAAUGACCCCCAACAAUAAAAUGGAGGAUUGCCUAAAUGAUAAGAACAUGGAAGAUAACAAUAUGGAACCUUGCCCAGCUGAAGCAGGUGCAGAUAUACCAACAUCUGAAAACUUGAACGAGGCUACUAUUGAGGAUAGCUUGCUUCACUGUGUGGAAUACAGCUCUCCAUUACACAUAAUUAUUCAUGCUAAAGCAGAUGCAGAUAUAGCAGCAUCAGAGAACCUUAGCGAGGUUCUUGAACAAUGUAUCAAAUCUGUCUCCCCUGCUCACACAACUACCCAAGCUGAAGCAGAUACAGAAACACCAGCAUCUGAGAAGUCAUGCGAGGCUAUCAAAUGUAACAAACCUCUAUGCAUGGAAUUCACUUCGCCUGCUCAUACAGUUCCAACAUUCCUGCCGUACGCGGAUGAUAUGCCCACUCCAAAUUUUACUGCCAGUGAGAGGAAUUUUUUGCUGUCUGUGCUUGAGUUGACCUCUCCGGGGUCGAGGCCAGACACUUCUCAGCAGCCUUCUUGCAAAAGGGCUCUCCUUAAUAGCCUAUGAAAGUGGUACCACCAAUUUGUUAUAAGUACAUUGUCAAGAUUUUUCUGCAUUAUAGGUUUGCAUGGGAUCCAACCCCAAGCCUGUCAUGCAUGCUCCUCAGCAUGCCUACUAUUCCAGCGUGUGUUAGCUACUAGGAGGUUCUUUCACAUACUCCUAUUUGCAUCAAGCUUGGCACUUUGGCUAUCUCAUGUCCAAGUCCAGCUGUUUGUAUAUGAGAUCUCAGUUGUUGUACGAGUCUCAUAGUUUGUUUGGUUUGUACAUAUUGCAUUGGCGGUGUUGUAGAAUCAUACAGGGAUUAAGAGGGGUGAUGUACCAAAAGAGUUCACAGCUUGUAUCCAAAAUAUAGAAUAAGUACUAUUCUUUGUGUAAUUAACUCCUGUAACCUUUCUAUGUGGUGCGGAAUAUAUUGGUUUGGUGUGUAGUGUGUUU